AUGUCGCCGCAUCCUGACAAAGCGGGUCUGGUGUCGGAAUGCGAGUAUUCGGAACAGAGUAUGAAGCACUUCCGGAGGGUGGCCUUCCUGGCCGUCGCUUUGUCCACCAUGACCAUGUUGGCAUGUAUUGUGGUCCUUCCAUUGUCCUAUCAAUACAUCCAAAGAGUACAGUCUUCUGUCAGCAGUGACGUCGAGUUCUGCAGAGUGAGUUAUAUUUUGAAAAGUCUUCUAUUAGAAGUAAUGCAACAGGUAUAUGUCAUGUUUAAAAAAGCCCUUAGGAAUUGUAAAAUACGUUGCCUUUAUUUACGCUUAUUUUCAGAGCCGAAACCGUGACUUGUGGACCGAAGUCGUCACUGUUCAAUUGGGCAAAGGAGCUCAUGAACAGGCCAACAGACUUCGUCGUGACACCGCCGCUGGCAAGAAUGGCCGAUGGCUCUUCGGACACUUUGUCCAGAAUACUGACCAGUAAGCCAUAUUCUUCUGUCUACCUUCUUUUUCCUACUCUUUUCCCGAUCCUUAUUUCUUUAGACUUGCCGCUCGCGGAGUUCGUCGUCAAGCUUCGUACGAGAACGCCGCUCCAGCUCCCUCUGACAACUACAGUGGCGCUGGAUCCGCCGGAACCACCGCCGCUCCUGCCUACAGCGCUCCAGUCGCCGCCGCUCCCAAGAAGGAGGAGUGCUGUGGUUGCCAGCUUGGCCCACCAGGACCACCCGGAGAGUCGGGAGUUGAUGGUCAGCCCGGUUUGGACGGAAAGCCUGGACAAGACGGUGAGCCAGGACAAGACGCUCCACCAGGCCAGAAAGCCGCCCCAUGUGUCCGCGAAUGCCCUCCCGGCCCACCUGGACCAGCUGGAUCACCCGGAGACAAGGGACCAAAGGGAUACCCCGGAGAGCAGGGAGAGCCCGGAACCAACGGAAAGCCCGGCCCCAAGGGACCUUUGGGCAAACAAGGACCACCCGGCCCACCUGGACUGCCCGGCCGACCCGGAGACAAGGGAGAGCCCGGCAAACAUGUGCCCGGAGUCGCUCCACCAGGCCCUCCAGGACGUCAAGGAGAGAUGGGACCACCCGGACCACCAGGACCACCCGGAAGCAAGGGAAAGCCCGGAGAGCAAGGACCACCCGGAGCCGAGGGAGACCAAGGAAACCCAGGACCUUACGGAAAGCCCGGCGCUCCCGGUCCAAUUGGCCCACCUGGCGCCGCUGGUGCUGUUGGAGCUUGCGAUCACUGCCCCAAGCCUCGUACUCCACCCGGCUACUAA